AUGAGUUCUUACGUCGCCAAUUCGUUUUAUAAGCAAAGUCCCACUGUUCCUGCCUAUGCCAUGCAAAGUUAUGGAAAUUAUGGAAGUGUGCCUGAGGUUCAGUCACCCAGGUACCGCUACAGUGGCUUGGAUCUAAGCAUCACCCUCCCCUCCUCCGCUGCCAGCUCCCUGAGCGGCUUGGACAUGUCGGCAACCCCCCGAGCUAACCCCGAGCGACCUUCCUGCACGGUCAUGGGUUCUUCAGGGCAUCCUUUAGCCAGAGACGAUCAAGUCCUAAAUCCCGGGAUUUACAGUCAGAAGAGUGCUAACACGGCGCUGGAGGAGAGAUCUAAGAGCUCGAGUGAAAUCAAAGCUGAGCCCGUUGCAAACAGCACAACAAGGAGACCACAACUGCAGCAGCAACAACCUCCACAAAUUUACCCCUGGAUGACCAAACUACACAUGAGCCAUGAAACGGACGGUAAACGCUCCCGAACCAGCUACACCCGCUACCAAACUCUGGAACUAGAGAAAGAAUUUCAUUUUAACAGAUACCUGACCCGGCGGAGGCGCAUUGAGAUCGCCAACAACCUCUGUCUGAACGAGAGACAAAUCAAAAUCUGGUUUCAAAACCGGAGGAUGAAGUGGAAGAAAGAUUCCAAGUUGAAAAAGCAAAGAGGCUCUUUAGUGAAUCCCAAUUACAAUGGAGGCGAACCCAAGAGAUCCAGGACAGCCUACACCAGGCAGCAGGUUUUGGAGCUGGAGAAGGAGUUUCACUAUAACAGGUACCUGACCCGGCGGCGACGCAUCGAGAUCGCCCACUCCCUUUGCCUCUCCGAGCGGCAGAUCAAAAUCUGGUUUCAGAACAGGAGGAUGAAAUGGAAAAAAGACCACAGGCUGCCCAACACCAAAGUACGGGCAGCAACGGCAGCGGCUGCCGGCGCCUCCACUGCCCCCGCCGCCCCGGCGAGCACGGCCGCGGGCGAGGAGCUGCCCUCCGCCGCCGCGCAGGACCCGCGCACGGAGGAUAUCACCAGGUUAUAAACACCCCCAGACCCGCACACAAAUGACUCUGGAUUAUUUAUAGAAUCUAAUAUAUAUAUAUAUAUAUCUUGGUUCUCCCCCCCCUUCCCUCGUAGUUUUUCUUUUAUUAUAAUAAUAAUAAUAAUAAUUAUUAUUAUUUUCCUGUGCGUAUAAAAAACAAUGGGUCUCCCCCAAGACCACGGGCUUUAGAUGCAUGUCAGAUAGCAUGAGGCCAGGUGUCUGUACCUGCAGGGUGUUUUUUUACGCCA